AGUGCGCAUGACAGCCUUGGUACAGGGUUGUGGCUAGUAGUGCAGGAAUCCCUAAAUGCUGAUCUGUAGCGAGGCCAUUAGCUGUUUCCUGGAAAUGCCUCUUUAUUAUCACAGCUGAAGUCCUCGUAUCCAGCAUGAACUGGGCAUCGUUUUACGCGGUGAUCAGCGGUGUGAACAGGCACUCGACAGGCAUCGGCCGCAUCUGGCUGUCGGUCAUCUUCAUCUUCAGGAUCAUGGUGCUGGUGGUGGCGGCCGAGAGCGUGUGGGGCGAUGAGAAGUUGGGCUUCACCUGUAACACCCAGCAGCCCGGCUGUGACAGCGUGUGCUACGACCAGUUCUUCCCCAUCUCUCACAUCCGCCUCUGGGCUCUGCAGCUCAUCCUGGUGUCCACGCCGGCCCUGCUGGUGGCCAUGCACAUCGCUCACCGCCGGCACAUCGAGAAGAAGAUCCUCAAGAUCUCCGGCCGAGGGAACGCCAAGGACAUGGAGAACAUCAAGAGCCUGAGGUUCAAGAUCACCGGUGCUCUGUGGUGGACUUACGUGAUCAGCAUCGUCUUCCGUAUCAUUUUCGAGGUGGUUUUCUUGUACAUUUUUUACUCGAUCUAUCCAGACAUCAAGAUGGUGCGUCUUGUGAAGUGUGACUCUUACCCCUGUCCCAAUACAGUGGACUGUUUCGUGUCACGUCCCACAGAGAAGACGGUCUUCACUGUCUUCAUGCUGGCCGUGUCUGGAGUCUGUGUCUUGUUGAACAUCGCAGAGGUUUUGUAUUUAAUAAGUCGGGCGUGUAUGAGAUAUUUUCAGGGAGCAGUGGGUGAACCCAAAGUGCCCUGGCUCCCUCAUAAACUGGUGACUUACAAGCAGAACGAAAUAAAUCAGCUGAUCUCAGAGCAUUCGUUCAAGCCGAGAUUCAAUGCUGGGCGAAAGCCUCCCGCGGAUAAGAGCGAACGCUGCUCUGCUUUCUAGAUGGGUUUCUACCAACUAUCAGACUUUAAGGGAAGACGUAUGUCUGUAAUCAUAUUAAUCGAUUGUCACUCUACAGAACCGACUCCAAAUAUGUUGGGACACUGUACAAAUUGUGAGCAAAAAAUGAAUGUAAUAAUUUACAAAUCCCAUAAACUUGUAUUUUAUUCACAAUAGAAUAUAGAUAACAUAUCAAGUGUUGAAAGUGAGACAUUUUGAAAUGUCAUGCCAAAUAUUGGCUCAUUUUGGAUUUCAUGAGAGCUACACAUUCCAAAAAAAUUGGGACAGGUAACAAUAAGAGGCUGGAAAAGUUAAAUGUACAUAUAAGGAACAGCUGGAGGACCAAUUUGCAGCUUAUUAGGUCAAUUGGCAACAUGAUUGGGUAUAAAAAGAGCUUCUCAGAAGUCAAGUUGGGCAGAGGAUCACCAAUUCCCCCAUUCUGCAGUGAAAAAUAGUGGAUCAGCAAUAGGGCUGGGCGAUAUGACGAAAUAUAUCAUCUGGACGAUAGAAAAUGUCUAUCGUUUUAUAUAAGGCUCUAUCGUUUGCGCCACGAUAAGUCGUUUACGGCAGAAUUUUACAUAAAGAUGCACCUCACGCCACAGCAUGCCCAUGCACGCUGCAAUACAUAAACAAACAUGGAGGAAGACGGUAGUAGACGCGGUUCAGACCAGGGAAAUUCUCAACAAGAUGACCAGCCAACCCAAACCGAGGAGCUCGUACCUAAAAGAGGGGGUACUUCUUUUGCAUGGACGUGGUUUGGAUAUAAGAAGACCGACGUGGACCAGACAACAGUUGUUUGUAAAGUUUGCCGGCUUCCAGUGCCAACAACAGACUCCAACACUACUAAUUUAUUUUAUCACCUGCGCAAGAACCACGAAAAGAAUACAGAGAGAGUCAACGAGCAAAAACUGCAAACUCCAGACACAGACGCUGCAACAGGCUUUUACCCGUGGCACACCAUGUAGCCAUAGCUCCCGCAACUGGAAGGAGAUCACUUCUGCUGUUGCCAACUGUUAACAUUACCAACAGUCUUGCUUGAAAAAAAGGUUCUAAAUAAAUAAAAAUAUUUAGUCCAUACUACCUUUAUUUGUUUUGUAUAUUAUUUCAAACUGCAUUUCCACACUGCAAUUUUAUAUAGACUAUUCAUAAACUGAAUUAACAGAAAAAUUGCUAUAUCGUUAUGUAUAUUGUUAUCGGGAUAUCAAAUGAGCUAUAUCGGGAUAUGAAAUUUUGGCCAUAUCGCCCAGCCCUAAUCAGCAAUAUCAGAAAGGAGUUUCUCAGAGAAAAAUUACAAAGAGUUUGAAGUUAUCAUCAUCUACAGUGCAUAAUAUCAUCCAUAGAUUCAGAGAAUCUGGAACAAUCUCUGUGUGUAAGGGUCAAGACCGGAAAACCAUACUGGAUGCCUGUUAUCUUCAGCUCUUAGACAGCACUGCAUCACAUACAGGAAUGCUACUGUAAUGGAAAUCACAACAUGGGCUCAGGAAUACUUCCAGAAAACAUUGUCAGUGAACACAAUCCACCGUGUCAUUCAACGUUGCUGACUAAAACUCUAUAGGUCAAAAAAGAAGCCAUAUCUAAACAUGAUCCAGAAGCGCAGGUGUUUUCUCUGGGCCAAGGCUCAUUUAAAAUGGACUGUGGGAAAGUGGAAAACUGUUCUGUGGUCAGACGAAUCAAAAUUUGAAGUUCUUUAUGGAAAACUGGGACACCAUGUCAUCCGGACUAAAGAGGAAAAGGACAACCCAAGUUGUUAUCAGCGCUCAGUUCAGAAGCUGCAUCUCUGAUGGUUUGAGUGUGUGUGUGUGUGAUGGGCAGCUUACACAUCUGGAAAGAUCAGCACCAUCAAUGUUGAAAGGCAUAUCCAAGUUCUAGAUCAACAUAUGAUCCCAUCCAGACAUCAUCUCUUUCAGGGAAGACCUUGCAUUUUACAACAUGACAAUGCUAGACCACAUACUGUAUCAAUUACAACAUCAUGACUGUGUAGAAGAAGGAUCCGGGUAAUGAAAUGACCAGCCUGCAGUCCAGAUCUUUCACCCAAAACAUUUGGUGCAUCAUACAGAGGAAGAUGUGACAACGAAGACCUAAGACAGUUGAGCAACUAGAAGCCUGUAUUAGACAAGAAUGGGACAACAUUCCUAUUCCUAAACUUGAUCAACUUGUCUCCUCAGUCCCCAGACGUUUGCAGACUGUUAUAAAAAGAAGAGGGGAUGCCAGACAGUGGUAAACAUGGCCUUCUCCCAACUUUUUUGAGAUGUGUUACUUAUUUUCUAAACUUAUUUUUCCUUAAUAAUUAUACAUUUUCUCAGUUUAAACAUUUUAUAUGCGAUCUAUGUUGUAUUCUGAAUAAAAUAUUGCAAUUAGAAACUUCCACAUCAUUGCAUUCUGUUUUUAUUCACAAUUUGUACAGUGUCCCAACUUUUUGGAAUCGGGUUUGUAGUUUAAAAGGCCCCUAUACAUGUAAGGAGGGCUCAUGGGGGAAAUAUGAGGGAGGACCACCAAAUAUUACACAUUUGAAAAGUGUCCAUCUGGUCCUAAAAAGCAGAUAAGAUCAGAGGAAUAAUUGGGUUUCACACUAAGAAAACUCUGUACUCAGUCAUUUGCUUCUGUGCUGAAGUUCAUAUGUGUGCAUACAAUAUUUGACCAAAAGAGGGUCUAUACUUCACAAACUGACCUUUCAUCUCAACACAAAAAUAAAAACUGACAUGGCCUGCUGUGAGGAAAAUGAAGCAGAUGGUUCAUUUAAAUUUUUUAAUGUAUUAUUGUGUUAUUUAUUGAAAACAGAAUCUCUCAAUCACUAGACAAGUUCGUUUGGAGAAAUGGACGUAUGGAAACCGAAGUCCUAGAGUAUGACAUCAUCUCCAGUUGCCCACAGUUGUUGAUAUAACUGAUGUUUUUUUGUUUGUUUGUUUUUUCAGUAAAAUGUGUAGAAUGAUUUCCCCUGAAGAAUGUUACAUUGAUUAAAUACAUAUUUUUUGUUGUUUUUCUUUGAACUACAAAUUUGCAAGGAUUUUAAAGUUUAGUAAAGCCUCUUACUCAUUUUGCUUCCACUUGUAAAUCAUUUGUUAGAAUGGUGCUCUGAAAUUGACUGACUUUAGUUUUUUACAUUAAUGGCUUUAUUAUAGUUAACUGAACAUCUAAUUGAAGUUUAAAGGGCAUUCAAGGCCACACAUAUGAAAUGCUUCUUUGUUCUCCCAAUGUAAAGUUGACCUAGCAAUCACAGCUUUAUCUCACACACCUCCCAAAAGCCACACAAUCACACAGAACUGACCCGCUGUCCUGCUGUAGUACGGCUGCGAAAUCAUCUUUUCCUUGAAGGACUUUCUUAAAUCAAUGCACCUUUUUUGCUUGCAAUAUCAACUUUGUCAUCAAACAAAUUCAUUGUAUUGCACAUACCUUAAUACAAAUUUGAAUCAUUUUUAUUUCUCAGUAUGUCCAUGCAUUUCAAUCUCACUGAAGGCAUCAAAACUAUGAAUUAACACAUGUGGAAUUAUAUACAUAACUGAAAAUAUGUCAUAUUGUAGGUUCUUCAAAGUAGCCACCUUUUGCUUUGAUUACUGCUUUGCACACUCUUGGCUUUCUCUUGAUGAGCUUCAAGAGGUAGUCACCUGAAAUGGUCUUCAACAGUCUUGAAGGAGUUCCCCGAGAGAUGCUUAGCACGUGUUGGCCCUUUUGUCUUCUGUCUGCGGUCCAGCUCACCCCUAAACCAUCUGGAUUGGGUUCAGGUCCGGUGACUGAGGAGGCCAGGUCAUCUGGCGCAGCACCCCAUCACUCUCCUUCUUGAUCAAAUAGCCCUUGAUGCCUUCAGUGUGACUUUACAAUGUUCAUAGUCAUGAAAAUAAAGGAAACUCUUUGAAUGAGAAGGUGUGUCCAAACUUGGUCUGUACUGUAUAUAUAUACACGUGUAAAAAAUGUUCAAAAACUUGUGCCAGUAACACCCUUCAGUGUUUAUGACUUUGCACAUGAUCACUUAAGUCAUUCAUGUCAAAUCAUUGGCUUUUAGCCUCUUUUUUCAUUCAUUCUUUUUUAUUUUAUUUUAUUUCAUUUUUUUAAGAGCUGUAUGAAUGAGACAUAAAGGAAACCAGUUUCACAGUUUCCAUCUGGAGAUGUGCUCAGUGAUAAAUUGGGGGCAACCGAAUACCCAUGUAACCUGUUAAAGUACCAAUGUUUAAUCAAAUAAAAUGUUUAAAUACUA